GAUGAAACCAGCAAAUUAUGGGUGUGAGUCACACUUGAUAUUAUGCAUACAGUGCUCUCUCUACAUCAGCCAUCCUCCACCCUCAUUCUCCAAUCCUAAUAAAUCACACAUAAGCCAGAAUUAAUUUAGAGGAACACUAUUAAGACAAGCUUCCUGAACUCUAUUUAGCUGUAUUAUCUUAUUUUGGAGCUUAUUGUUGUCACUUUGCUGGACAUAUGGUGGACAUUCAGAAAGGUUAUAGUAGGAUCGGACGCUUGUCUGGUGGGCGUACUCCGAAGAUGCUUCGAGAAAUCAAGGCACCAAAAUUGGUGAUGGAUGGGAGUCUAUUAGAGGUUGUUGAGAUCAGUGUGACUGAACAAGAGAAAAGAACAGGAAAUGCUGCUAUGGGUAUAAAAGAUGUUUUCACUGUCUAUCUGGUGGAAACAUGCCGAGUAAAGGAUAACUCUAACAACAUUGCUAAGCUUACUAUGGAUUCAUCUUCCCUAUGGAGAAGAUACAGUGAGUUUGAACUGUUGAGAAACUAUCUGGUUGUCACUUUCCCACAUGUUGUAGUACCUCCCCUACCAGAGAAAAGGAUGAUGGCAAUGUGGCAGCAGUUAUCCACAGUAGAUAACUUUGAUGCAGACUUUGUAGAGCGUCGUCGUAUUGCUUUAGAGGGCUUCUUGCAGAGAGUUGCUGCUCAUCCAUUGCUAUGUCAGGAUGAGCUGUUUCAUGGUUUCUUACAGGAUGCAGAAGGUUGGAAAGAAAGGGUUCACUCCACUGGCUUCCAAAUAAAGCAAGAUUCUCGCCUCAAAAGCCUGAGUGCCUCAUUUAGACUCAAGAAACCAAACAGACAAUUUGAAGAACUGAAGAGCUAUGCCACUGACCUACAGAAUAAUGUCACAUCAAUACUGAAAAUCAGAUCUAGACUAUCAGAUAGACUAUAUGGAUUACAUAAGAUCCAUGGUAACUAUGGGCGUGUCUUCAGUGAAUGGAGUGGUAUAGAACAAGAGAUGGGGGAUGGUUUACAGAGUGCUGGUCAUCAUAUGGAUGUGUACAAAGAUUAUAUUGAUGAUUAUAUGGCAGAAGAGGAACAGAUAGCUGAUCAGCUUAAAGAAUAUAUCUAUUUUGCUGACUCACUGAAGGCAGUAUGUAGGAAACAAGAAAUUCUACAGUUUGAACUGGAAAGAUGUGAAGAUUUAUUGAAUUCUAAGAAACUGCAGAAAGACCAAAUAACUGGUAAAGCACCUCAGAAGGUGUUUUCAUUCCGAGGGAUGACCUCUAAGCUGUUUGGUCAAGAUAAUGCAGAGACCAAAGAAUCCAGAGCUCAACUCAUUUCUGAUCAGAUAACAGAUGCUGAAGACGCUGUAGAGAAAGCAAAACAAAAUAUACAAGAUUUCACUGACAAUGCACUGAAAGAGGUUGAUAGAUUUAAAAGGCAGAAGAGUAGAGAUUUGAAGGAGAUCUUUAUUAGCUAUGCUAUUCUACAAAUCAAGAUGGCUAAGAGGGGAAUCACAGUAUGGACUAAUACCAAAGAAUGCUUUGACAAGAUGUAAACCAUCCUGUAUUAUAAACACAUUACUAGUCAUUCCUCAUGAGUGAUAAUACAUCAGUCAAUUAACAGUCAUCAUUAUUCCAGAAAGUCUUUUAAAGAGUCUACCAACUAUUCCUACAAUUAGGUACCCUUAAUCACUUUUAUAGAGAAAUAAUCCUCUACAUAGACUUAAGAAGUAAUUUGAUAAAUGAUCUUCUAUUAUUACCCUCAACUGUUUCAAUUUUAAAUUCUGUUAUGAUGUGACAACGAAUUCAUGUGCAAGAACACUGAGUGUAUUGAUGGUCAUAUAUUUAAGAUAAUUCAUAAAAUAUUCAUGCAAAUAGCGACUCAGCAAAUAAGAACUAAGACAGAGAUAUUUAAAAUGAAACAAUGUACUUCUUAAGAAAUGCUUUGCUGGUUCAAAAUCAGAUGAAUUCAUCAACAAUCUAUUACAUCUUACCCAGACAACACUUUCAGACCUUUGACACUUACAGCCUGGCACACACUACAUUAUCCGUUUGAGAUAAAAUCUUGGGAAAUAUGUAAUAUGAGCAUGUGAUUUGAACAUCCCACACUGUAAAAUGUUAAUAACUUAAAUAGUGGUAUGAAUAUUGAAAUCCAAAUUCAAGUUUCCGUGUAGGACUAAAAGAAUUCCAUUUCAUAGUGAUGUCAUAGCAAUCCUAUCAUCAGUUGCUAUUUGAAGCUGAUUUGGACCAUACUCAACUUGCAGUAAAUCAGAAUUUCGGUUUUUGGUAUUUCUAGGAUUAUUCCAACUUUCAAAUAAUUUUUUUUUUACCUUUCCAAACUUUCAUAUUUUAUGCGAAAUAAGAUUUGUUAAAAAUUAGGUCAUAGAAGAGUUCCAUAGCCGGCAUUACAGUCUGAUGUUAACUUAAUACAUUGUACAAUGUACAAAGGAGAUAGAAGGGUAUUGAAUCCAGAGAUCAAUCAACAUUAAUAUUGACGUUCCACUUAGUUUAAAAAAAAAAAGAAGUGUGAAGAAAAUUCAUUGUAAAAAGGAUGAAAUAAAGAAAAGGAUUUAUUAUCAUGUUAUCAUUUGAAUAGGACUUGAUGAUAGCAGUAAAGGAAGGUCCUAUUGAACUAGGGUAUUGAGCUGUAUUAUAUCAAAUAAGAUAUGUUGUUUGAUUGUGAAUUAUUGGUUCUACAUGUGUAGUAUCAAUGCAUUUAAAAGGGGGAAAAAUGAAAUUGGCAAAUAAAGAAAGCUGUAAGAAUAACAAGGGUCUUAAUACAUGCAAAAGAUCAUUCAGAUUUCAACAACAACAACAGAGCAAAGCAUUGCAUAAGAAGAAGAUGAUGUCAUUGAUGUAAGAUUAUUGUUCUAUGUACUUGUUCAUUAAGAAAAAAUGAUGCCCCAUUUUGAGGUGGAAAAAAUUUACACAAAGAUGUGUUUUGCAACAGUUAUGAUGUUACUUAACAGUGGAUAUAUAUAUACAAUAUGCUAUCAGUUUUUAGAACAAGCAAUGGGCAGAGAUUGUAUUUAAUGCAUUAUACAUACGCAAUUACAAAUUGAUGUUGGAUUGUAUAUAGAAAGAAAGACAGCCCUAUGGUGUAAAUUGACAUGUUUGCAAAUGAAAUGCAAAUGGCGAUCAUACACAUUCUUUGAUAUUUGUGAUAUUGGUGGCAAUAAUUCUUAAAAAUUAACAUUAUUUCAUACCUAUUAUCAGUGAAUAUGUAUGCAAAGCAUCUCAAUGCUAAGUGAUCAAAUGAUGUUUUUUUAAAUGAAAGUCAUCAGUACAUUGAAUUGUAAUUUAUGGUGUAAAAGUGUACUGUGAUGUUUAAAAUAAAUUAAAUUAUGGAGGCAUUUGUUUCAAUGUAAAUUGCAUCCAGUUUCUAUUUUUUUUGCAAGCAAUUGGGGAGGUUUUCUUCCCUUAUGAAAAUGACAUUGAUGCUUUGCCAUUGGGAAACCCUUAAACAAAUUUUUACGUAGAACAUUUAACAAACUUCUGCAUCCAUUUUCAUAUUUUAGGGGUAAGUGACUGUUGCAUUCCAGGUUAUUUUAGCAUGUUAAAUACCAAGGGGCCUAACUGGUUUGUGAUGCUGUGUUUUUGUAUUCAGUUGUUUUAUUCAAGUGAGUAUGUAAUUACUAUAUAGGUUAAUCCAAGUGGACUACAUUCAGAUUAUUGUGACUGAUUUUUUUGAAUUAUUUCAUUAUGAUUAUAUAGUUUUAUGGUGAAACAUUCAAGAUUUAUCUAAGCGGUGGUAGGGAUGAUAUAGAAUCUGAUUGUGAUACUACUACAAAAAUGUUUAAGCAAGAAGGAUUCAAAAUUAUUUGGUUUUACUAAUCAAAAGUCAAAAGGAAUAUUUGUUACAAAUUAACAGCAACAAAUUAUUAAUUUUGACCUAAGGAUUUGAAAUAUUUGUGUUAAGGCAUAUUAAUGAAAAGUCACACCCUCUGACUGCAUAAUGUAUGACUUUGGCCCAAUUUGGUAAAAGAAGAUCAACAAAAAAGAUGAAAACAUAUUACUUGAUAUUAAUGGUUAGAUGUAUUUUUUAGAGUUUAUUUUAGUUUUUUCUGAAGAAUCUGAUAGAGUAUAUGACAAAAAAGAUUCUUCCAUACACAGAAGAAUUUCAUAUCUGGAUCAGUUUAAUUCUAAUACAAGUAGUGUUUCAUUAGUAUGGUCAUUGCUUACAGCACUGCAUCUUAUCAGGAAUCAAUUUGUAUUUACAAGAUCUAAAACAGAUAUCCAAGAUUCAACCAUUGGAUUAACACAUUGCUGAGCAUGUGAAUGGCAAACAGGCUUAGCUUAUGUCCAGGUACUAAUUUUUUUAUAUGCAAUGAUUGUACAUAUUUUCAUAUUGUUGUAUAAUUAUUAUUAUUAUAUCAAUGAGAUUUGAAGAUGAAUAGAUAUUUUGAUCUAUUAUUCUCAGCUCGUUCUAAACAAUCCAAGCAAACAUCUUUAGGUUAAGAUAGAGGCUUCAGACUACACCAAUGAAAAGGAUCCCCAAACCCAAUGUUUGAUGGCCUAAUCUUCAGAAGAAUGAACAGACAAAUCUGUUAGAAUGUCCUGUGCCCUGUAACGUCUCUGAUGGUAUAGAAUUAUCAUGGUAGAAUGCACAAGUUGGAAAGUCAUGUCAGUGACACACAUGAAGAGGGUGCAGUGAAUACGGUAAUCACCACCAAAACCAGCCUUUUUAGGUUCUGAUUGGUGAAAACAUUACAAUCCAUUUUGAGCACACUCCAGUGUUCUUACCAGAAUUGAAGCCAAAUCAGCAUGAGAUUGGAAGGAUUUCACCUCCUAUUGUAUACAUUUUAUUGUUAAUGGUAAAUGUACCAUAUUAUAACUAUCUUGGUAAUAUUGCUCAAUGUUUCCAUUAGAGAUAUUUACACAGUAAAGUUACCCUCAAUGGUAAGUUUGUUUGUCCCAUGACUGACAAUCAGUUCAGCUUCUCUGUGUCCAGAUACAUCUAGAAAUCCUCUGCUUCAUGGAUUUAGAUUAUGAUGGUAAUAAUACAAAUGAAGCAUGAAUCCAGUUACCUUGAAUUUCAAAUUUUCAUUUUGAUUAAAUGAUGUAAAUUGCUUCACUUUAUUGAGUUUUUAUUAUGGGAUGGACUGUACUUGUUUACUUCUUACUUGCAGCAUAUUUGUAUUGUCUCAUUCAUCCUUUCUCACAAAGUUAUAUUUUUGAAAGAGUUUUAUGUAGAUAGCCAGUGGAAGUAGUUAUGAUUUGAAAAUUUAUUUUCUAUUAGUGUCUCAAUAUUAUUUUCAUAAUCCUAUAUGCUUUGUCUCUAUAUUUCAUUGUAUAUAUUAGACCAGUUGGGUCAUUUUGUUGUUCAGUUUACCAGAUGAAAUUACUUGAAUAAAAUGAUGAAAUACAUAGGGAAUAGGGAGGUGAAGGAGAGUAGAGGAAAGAGAGAGAGGGGGGGGGGGAGGGGAAUGGAGAGCAAGGCAGGAUGAGAGAGAUUAAGAAAGAGAGAGAGAGAGAGGGAUUACAGUGCUAAUUUGUCAUCUGAUGACAUUUAUUUCCAGCAUCAUUUGUAUUUUCUAUUCAACUUUUCUGUUCAUAUUGAAGAUCAUAAAGUGCCUGUUUGAUUAAGUGCAUAAUUUUAUGUGUGAAUUAUCAGUUUUUGAUUACACUGGUCAUAUUUAUGUGUCACAUUUCACUAUAGUUUAUGAUUAUUUUUUUAUUCAAUUUAUGCCACACUAAUCACUGUGAUGCUUUGUUGUUAUUUCUAUGUAACGACAAAUUUUGACUGAAUUUUCAGCUUAGCUUAAAUGACAUAUUGAUUGCUUGUUCAAAUUCAUACAUUUUUUUUUUUUUUUUAUAAGUUACUAUUACUAAAUCAUUUGUAUUGUUGAUAUAAAAUUGCUCAAAAUUUUGAUUGAUGUCGUUGUGGUAAAUUUGAGAGAGGUAAUCUGGAGUAUCUUAACAAUUCCAUGAUGACAUUUUCUGUAGAGUUGAUCCAUAUUACAUUCAAUGUAUAAGAGGUCAUUUUGAUUUAUGGCAAUUUUACCUUGGAUGAAUUGUAGGGCAGUGUACUAUUCAACCUGGGCUUCAUAACACAAAGGUUUGCUAUGAAUUGCAAAUAUGAAAGAACCGCACUGAUUGGUCCCUGGUCAGUAUUUAAAACCUAAUUCGCAUGUAACAUUGAUAUUGAUUGGUCAGUUCAUUUAGCGAUUGAUCGCUAAUCUUUGUGUUUCGGAGCCCAAAGAAUGCUAGUUUUCUGAUUUAUAGGGCGUCUUUUUUUUCUUUUUUUUUUGGGGGGGGUAAAUAGACACAUGGUUCCUAAAUGUGCUUUAUAAUGUAAUUGUGAUAUUACAAAGCUUUUAAAGAUUGAUAUUCUUAUGUUCAAUAUUCCAGACAACGACAAAACAAUUCAUUAUGCUUCUAUAGAGAGUGUUUAUUCAUGGGGUGGGGUAGGGUAAGGUAAUCUGUAUGUCUAUGUGCGUCAAUUCAAAUAAAUGCCACAACUGGUGCAAUACCUUAAUAUAA